UCGCUGAUAAAUGUCGUAAAACGUACGGCAAACAUCAACUAUGUCGAAUCGGUCUUCAAACAGUACCAUACUGAGUAGUAGUACAGCAUCAGUACAGUCGUGCUGUCCGAUAAGAAUAAACGUUUCCGUCGUGCAUCAGAACUGUUUGUAGAUUUUGUUUCCUGUAGCACCGAUUUCGACCAUGUAUAAGAUUUCGGAUCAAACGGAAGUUGUUAAACUGCCUCCACCAUCUUAUUCUUUAUCUCCCGGAGAAUUGAUCUGCAAUCAGCCCUUGCCAAGUGAAACCGUGCCUCAGCUGGAAUUUUCAAACUGUCCAGUGGGGUUGGAAACAUUGCUGGAUACCGAGAGUGUAAAGUUUAAACAGGAAAUCAAAAGUUUGCAAAUCAUCUGCGGUAUCGAUAUGCCGAUCGAUUUCGAGCUGUCCAAUCAAAACGACGUUGUGAUCUACCGCAUGGAAGAACAAGAGGGCUGCUGCAACAGAAAUUUCAUUCCUCAUGGUUUCCGAACCGAUUCCCAAAUGAUUAAGCCGGACGGUUGGCUGGCUUUGCAAUUCAAGCGCGAAGGACGCUGUGUAUUCAACUGUUGCACGCCAUGCUGUUGCUAUCCUUUGCCGUUCAGUAGAGAACGGUUGACGGUCCAGGCGGCCACUGGCCUAGUGCUGGGUACUGUCCAGCAAGACUGGUCCAUUUGGACAUCCCGCUUCAGUGUGUUGAAUGCCGAAGGUAAAACAGUACUGAAGAUCGAAGGUCCCAGAUUGAACUGCGCCUGCUGCUACGACAUUCGAUACCGGAUUGUGGCGCCGAAUGGAGAUGAGGUCGGAAACAUUACAAAGCACUACGCGGGAUUUUGCUGCGAUGCGUUAGCCGAUUUCGAUGACUUCACCAUCAACUUCCCACGCGAUCUAGAUGUCACCGUGAAGGCAACAUUGCUGGGAGCUGUUAAUCUUAUAAAUUUCCUUUUCUUCCAAGGAUCUCUACGACGACUGACUGUCGGAGUAGUCUGUGGAUCACUACGAAUUGCCACCAGUAGAUUGGAAUAGAAUGAUUAGAAUUGACGUAACGAACGUUCCACUGAAGAGCUGAAAAUUACACUGAUCACUUCACCGUUGCAGAAAUUCACGCUGAUAGUUGAACUCCUUUCAUUGUCAUUGUGAUAUUGAUUAGCUGUUAUUAGAAGUUAUUCAGGAAACUCGGGAUUAUUUCUGUUUUAACCUUGACCACGCAUUUUAGUACUAUAAUAACCACCGUUACAGGUUGAUUUUAUCAUCAUCAAUCACAGGAAGCAGUAUGGAUAAGCGAGGAAGGACAGCAACACGUUUAACAGUAUUGUAAAACAAUA